GUCCCACCCAACUUUUCUGGAAACGAAACUGAAAAGAUAACAUAACAUCACCAUCAUCGAGAAGCUGAAACAACGGUCUAAGCAAGUUAAAAACUUAAAAUUUCAGACAGUGCAGAUUUGCAGAUUGUCUUCCCUUUUCUUUUUUUUUUUUCUGAUAAUUUGAACUUGUAGGAAAAACCCAAUGUCCAAACAAACUUACAGGGUUUGUUUCUGCUUCAGGAGGAGGUUUAGGCUGGCAGUUUCAGAGGCACCAGAGGAGAUCAAGAAGGUGUUUGAACAAUACUCUGAGAAUGGGAUCAUGAGCGUUGAUGAACUACAGAGGUUCUUUAUUGAGGUCCAAAAAGAAAAUAAGGCUACCAGAGAAGAUUCUCAGAAGAUUAUUGAUAGUGUUAAGCAUUUUCAUAGGAAGGGUUUAAAUCUUGAAGCUUUUUUUAAGUACCUUUUUGGUGAUAUUAAUUCUCCUCUUGCUUCUCUUGGGGUGCACCAUGAUAUGAGUGCUCCUUUGUCUCAUUAUUUCAUGUAUACUGGUCACAAUUCCUAUCUUACUUGGAAUCAACUAAGUAGUGACUGCAGCGAUGUUCCAAUCAUAAGUGCACUUAAGAGAGGUGUGAGAGUGAUAGAAUUGGAUAUAUGGCCAAAUUCAACAAAAGAUAAUGUGGAUGUUCUUCAUGGAAGGACUCUGACUACUCCUGUGGAACUCAUCAAAUGUUUGAGGUCUAUUAAGGAGUAUGCUUUUGUUGCCUCAGAAUACCCAGUUGUUAUAACUCUAGAAGACCAUCUUAUCCCAGAUCUUCAGGCUAAAGUUGCUGAGAUGGUCACUCAAACAUUUGGAGACAUCCUGUUUUCUCCUGUUUCAGAAUGCUUAAAAGAAUUCCCUUCUCCAGAAUCAUUGAAGAAACGCAUAAUCAUAUCUACCAAGCCACCAAAGGAAUACCUUGAGGCUAAAGAAGUUAAGGAUAAAGAGAAUGACUCGGAGAGGGGUAAGGCCACUGAUGAAGAAGCUUGGGGAAAAGAGGUUCCAGACCUUAAAGGCAGUCAUGUAGCCGAUUACAAGAAUAACUUGGAUGAAGAAGAUGAGGCAGAUCUUAAUGAUGGAGAUAAGCCACAGCAAACACUAUCACCAGAAUAUAAACAUUUAAUUGCUAUUCAGGCUGGGAAACCAAAGGGUGGAUUAGAUGUGUGUCUAAGGGUGGAUCCUGAUAAAGUGAGACGUCUUAGCACGAGUGAGCAACAACUUGCAAAGGCUGCAGAAACUCAUGGAAAACAAAUCGUCAGAUUUACGCAGCGAAAUAUUCUUAGGGUGUAUCCCAAGGGUAUGCGCGUUGACUCUUCCAAUUACAACCCAUUUAUUGGAUGGAUGCAUGGAGCUCAAAUGGUAGCAUUUAAUAUGCAGGGUCAUGGAAGAUCUUUAUGGUUGAUGCAUGGAAUGUUCAAAGCCAAUGGGGCAUGUGGUUAUGUGAAAAAACCAGAUUUCCUAUUGAACUCUAAUGAAGUCUUUGAUCCCACACUCAAGUUACUAGUGAAAGCAACUUUGAAAGUAACUGCGUAUAUGGGGGAAGGAUGGUAUCAUGAUUUUCAUCACACACAUUUCGAUGCGAAUUCACCUCCAGACUUUUAUGCAAGGAUAAGUUGAAAUGCGGUUGGGAUUGCUGGUGUGCCAGCAGAUUCCAUGAUGAAGAAAACAAAGAGUUUAGAAGACAAAUGGGUGCCUUCUUGGAACGAUGAGUUUGAGUUCCCUCUAACUGUCCCUGAACUGGCUCCAGUUGGAAUCAAAGUGCACAAAUACGACAUGUCUGAGAAGGAUGACUUCGGAGGCCAAACAUGCCUACCACUUUCAGAACUAAGAAGUGGGAUUCGAUCGGUUCCCCUCAACAGCCGCGAGGGUGACAAGUACAAUUCUGUAAAGCUCCUUAUGCGCUUUGAAUUCGUUGCUCCAUAGUCCCCGAAGGCGAGUUCCAGUUCCAUAUCCACAUUCAAAUUGUUCGAUGGUAUUUUGUGAGCUCGUGUGAAGUUAUCUUAUCACAUGUUUGCUGUCUUAUAUGUACCAUAAAAUAACAACUGCUCUGCAGUUUUUCGUGUUUCUGCUACCAAUGCUGCGUGUAAUUAGCCAUAUUUGUAAACAAAGAAUCUUACAUUAGUGACGUAAUUAGCAAGCCUGAUAUAUAUAAUUAUCUGCUAUUAUUACUUGUAUUCAUUUUUGGUACAGCCUUUUACGAGUUGAGCAUAUAUUCAAGCUCAUUAAUGUAAUAAAAAGUUUGCCUAUAAACAUCGA